AUGCUGAUUGAGCAGCUCUUACAUGGUCUCGAGAGCCAUGAGAUGUGUGACAAAAUUAUCGCGAAAAAACCAGACACGUUCAAGGCCGCUUAUGAAAUCGCACACGCAUUGGAGGCAACGCGCCACACAUCGGACGCCAUGAAAAACAGCAACCAACCAACGGCGCUAGAACCUGCGCACGCGUUGAUGUCGUCAACUUUACCGACAAAACNAGACAAGCGCCAAGCCAACCGCCGAUCGCUUUCACAUGGCCGCAGACAAUCUCAAGCAUCUCGCAGCGUGUCACACAGCGGACCACACAAGACCAAAUCACACGAUCAAAAAAAGCAGCGCUCGUGCAAUGGCUGUGGAGCACAGCACAUGCGCAGUGAGUGCCCGCACCGUGACACCGAGUGCCACAAGUGUAAAAAGAAAGGACAUCUCGCUCGAGUCUGCAGAUCAAGCAAUACGACCACAAAUUCUAACCUCGAAAAAACACAAGUACCGGCGGAGCAAGUCGACACGGUGAUACAUCUAAACAAACUCAACGAUAUUAAGGCAAUCAAAAACAGUCAAAAAAAAAUACUCGAAGUGCAAAUUAAUAACCAGAAUGUAAUGAUGGAACUCGACUCCGGAGCACCUACAGGUAUUAUUAGCAAAAAGACACACGCCAUCAAGCUAGGUUCGUGCAAGUUGCAGCCGACAGACAGGCAAUUUGUUAGCUACUCACGUCACCCCGUUAAGUGCAUCGGACGGCUCUUAGUCAACGUUACACUGGGCAACGCAACACGCGAACUAUAUGUUUACAUCGUCGAUGAAGAGUACGAUUCCCUAUUUGGCCUUGAAUGGAUUGGUCAGUUUGUUCAUGAUAUAAAUUGGACUCAAACAUUCAGUCCGGAGGCAAUCAAUAACCUCAAAGCAUCAUCCUCACGUCUGCUCCCGGAGCAAAGCGCUCACUUAGAGCAAUUACUAGCUAAGUUUGAUAGUAUUUUCAGCAAAACGGCCGGGAAACUCACGGGACCUCCUGCUAAAAUGCAUCUUAAGCCAGGAGCGUCGCCUGUUUUUGCUCGUGCACGAGACGUUCCUCACGCAUUACGAGAUAAGUAUGCCAAAGAAAUCGAUGCAAAAAUCGCAUCAGGUCAUUACGUCAAAGUCGAGUACUCAGAAUGGGCUUCUACAACGCAUGUAGUAACAAAAAAGAACGGUCAACUCCGCAUCACAGGAAAUUACAAACCUACCCUGAAUCCUUGUUUGAUCGUCGACGAACAUCCCAUUCUGAAACCGGAGCAUCUGUUUAACAAAAUGAGAGGAGCAAGAGUAUUCAGUCAUUUGGACAUCACUGACGCAUAUACACAUUUGCCAGUCGACGAGAAGUUUAGCCAUGCCCUGACGUUAAACACCCCCACACACGGGUUGAUUCGGCCGACACGAGCCGUCUAUGGGGCAGCCAACAUACCCGCGAUCUGGCAGCGAAGAUUAGAAACCAUCAUCCACGACCUAAAAAACGUUUUAAAUUUUUUCGACGACAUUAUCGUGUUUGCGGAUACAUUCGACGAGAUGAUCCUUGUGCUUGAUGCAGUCCUAGAACGCCUAAGACAACACGGCCUACACCUCAACCGCGAAAAGUGUACCUUCGCGGCUACAGCCAUUGAGUUUUUGGGUCACAAAAUCGAUGAGCGAGGCGUACAUAAGUCCGACACGCACAUCCAAGCAAUCCGUGACGCUCCUAAACCCUCGACCCCAGAAGAUCUACAACUAUUUUUUGGUAAAGCCACUUACUACAAUUCUUUCAUUCCAGACCUGGCUACGAAAGCCCGUCCGCUUCGAGACAUGCUUCUUACCGAACCAUUUAAGUGGACGCCAGCUGCUGAUCGAGCCUAUACCGAACUUAAGCACAUCUUGAUAUCACCACAAGUGUUGAUACCAUACGACCCGUCACUUCCCUUGCUACUCGCCACGGAUGCCAGCAAAACAGAUCUUGGCGCAGUACUAUCACACCGCUUGAGCAACGGGGAGAAACGUCCGAUUGCGUACGCAAGCCGCACGAUGUCGGCCACCGAACAACGAUACCCGCAAAUCGAUAAAGAAGCCCUUGCUAUUGUCUGGCCAAUACAAAAAUUUUUCUAUUACCUGUACGCCAGACAUUUUACGCUCAUUACCGAUCACAAACCGUUAACGCAAAUUUUGCACCCCGAGAAGUCAUUACCGGUUUUAUGUAUAAAUCGUAUGGCAAAUUACGCUGAUUAUCUAGCCCACUUCGACUAUGAUGUAAUUUUUAAAACUACAGAAGCGAAUGCAAAUGCCGACUACUGCUCUCGCCUGCCUCUACCUACAACCGCAGAUACUGUCUACAAAAUCUCCGUUGGUGAGAGAAAAGACAUUAGGAUAGAAGAUGAAUUCGACCAAUUCAUAAUAUGUCAAGUCCAACAGCUCCCCAUACGCGCUGAUCACAUCGCACAGGAAACGCAGAAAGAUCCACAUCUGAAUAAAAUUUUUCUAUUGCUAGCCACUGGUAAAAGCUUAGCACGUGCCGGGUACAAAGCACCGGAGGCAAACUACAUCUACUGGCCGGGGAUAGAUGCAGAUAUAGAACGCACCGCCAAGUCAUGCACCGAGUGCGCUAAGCAUGCACAUGCCCCUCCUAAGUGUCAGAACCAUCAUUGGGAGUACCCGAAAAGCCCUUGGGAGCGCAUCCAUAUCGAUUACGCCGGGCCGGUCGCAAGUAUGAUGCUUCUUAUUGUAGUCGACGCCUUCAGCAAAUGGGUCAAAGUUAAAGCAACGCGUUCUACGACCAGCUGCGCAACUAUCACUAUUCUCGACGAGCUCUUCGCCACGUACGGCGCACCAGUAACAGUGGUGUCAGAAAACGGCAGGCAGUUCGUCUCUUCUGAAUUCAAAACUUUUCUCUAA